GCGGGGCAGGGCCGGCCGGGGAGGGGGCGCGGGGCCUUUGUUAGGAAGCCAGGCCCCAGCCCCCGGGACAAUAGAGACACCCUCCCGGACUCCUCUUCCCGGCCGGCCGGGGCUGUCGGCGGGUGGGAAAGGAGAGGGGCCGGGAGGCGUCCCACUCUGUCCACUCUCUGAGGGUCGGUCUGUCCCGGACCGGCGCCGGCCCUCCGGCGGCUCGGCUCUCCUCCCCCAGUCGGUAUGAUGCAGCAGCAGUGCCGCAGGGACGGGGGACGAGCCGAGGCCCGGCCCCCUACCCUCCCAAGUGCCCCUGGCUCAUUUGUCAGUCCCCACCCCGCUCUAGGCCGGCUGCUCCUUAAACUCGUACCCACCGUUCCGAGGGGCCCCGGACUGUGGGCGCUGUUUCUGAAGCCUUUGGUGGGGAUUCCUGGACUUUGGGGCUCUUGGAGAGACUUCCGGGCAGAUCCUGAGGGAGGGAGGGUGGUUAUCUAAAAGAAGAACAGGUAAGGGGAGUGCCCACUCCUGGCAUGUCAUCCCACCGGGCUCUACCCCCUCUUGCUCAUGGUGACUAGAAAUGCCCCUUUAGCUCUAGGUUUCUGUGGACUUUGCUUCCCUCCUACAGUGGAAGGCUUGUUUCAAGGGAAGUCAUUGGGGUGAAGGUUGUAGGGUCUUAGGGCCAUUCCUACUUCUGGUAGCAGUACCCCCCCAAGUGGACAUCCUGGCUGAAAGCAGAGCCGUGUUGCCGCCCGCUGUGCUAUGAGCAGUCAGAGCGCCGUCUCCACAAGAGUUUACAAAUGAAAAUGGAGGAAAUGUCUUUGUCUGGCCUGGAUAACAGCAAACUAGAGGCCAUCGCUCAGGAGAUAUACGCUGACCUGGUCGAGGAUUCUUGUUUGGGAUUCUGCUUUGAGGUACACCGGGCUGUCAAGUGUGGCUACUUCUUCCUGGACGACACGGAUCCUGAUAGCAUGAAGGAUUUUGAGAUCGUGGACCAGCCGGGGUUGGACAUCUUUGGACAGGUUUUCAACCAGUGGAAGAGCAAGGAGUGUGUUUGCCCCAAUUGCAGUCGCAGCAUUGCCGCUUCCCGCUUUGCUCCCCAUCUGGAGAAGUGCCUAGGAAUGGGUCGGAACAGCAGUCGAAUCGCCAACCGCCGGAUUGCCAAUAGCAACAGCAUGAACAAGUCUGAGAGUGACCAAGAGGAUAAUGAUGACAUCAAUGACAACGACUGGUCCUAUGGCUCAGAGAAAAAAGAUUGGGAACUUAAAGUGACCCUGCCCUUUAUCCUUUUGUCCUACACAGCCAAGAAGAGAAAAUCAGACAAGCUAUGGUAUCUCCCAUUCCAGAACCCCAAUUCCCCUCGAAGAUCCAAGUCUUUAAAACACAAAAAUGGGUUCUCUGUCUGUACCUCUGCAUCAAACACCCUUCCCCUUCUUUUUUCUUCUUCAGGGGAACUUAGCAAUUCGGAUCCUUUUAAGUAUAACAGCUCAGCUGGGAUCAGCUACGAGACCUUGGGACCGGAGGAGCUGCGUAGCCUGCUCACCACGCAAUGUGGGGUGAUUUCUGAACACACCAAGAAGAUGUGCACAAGGUCCCUGCGCUGCCCCCAGCAUACGGAUGAGCAGCGGCGAGCCGUGCGGAUUUACUUCCUUGGACCCUCCGCUGUCCUUCCAGAGGUCGAGAGUUCCCUGGAUAAUGACAGCUUUGACAUGACUGACAGCCAGGCCCUGAUCAGCCGGCUUCAGUGGGAUGGCUCCUCCGAUCUCUCACCCUCUGAUUCAGGCUCCUCCAAGACGAGUGAGAAUCAGGGAUGGGGUCUAGGUACCAACAGCUCUGAGUCACGGAAAACCAAGAAAAAGAAAUCCCAUCUGAGCCUGGUAGGGACUGCCUCCGGCCUGGGCUCUAACAAGAAGAAAAAGCCAAAGCCACCGGCACCCCCAACGCCCAGCAUCUACGAUGACAUCAACUGACUUGGGUGCAAGGGAUAGCCUUUGGCUAAGCAGAGCCCUCUCUCCCGACCCCCACCCAGGUGGCAUAGCCUGGCAAAUGGACGGCUGUUGGGGGUCUGGGCUUGGGAAGCUUGGUGGGCCCGGCAGGCAGAGGAUCCAAUUAUGCGCCCCUGGGGGGUGUCAGGAUCCUCUGCGAGGAGUACGACCCCUCGGCAUGCAGGACUCAGACCUGGACAUACUAUGCCUUGGACAUAAGUUUGGUGGGGAGGCGGUUUUCAUAUUUAUUCUGUGAGUUACUGGAUGUCCAGCUAGGCCAGGGGCCUGACCUGGGCACUCUGCCAGGGCACUGCCUGCCCCCCAACCCAGGAACUGGACUAAGCCCUGCCGAGGAGCAUUGUGGCUACCUGGGAGGCUGUGGGUUAGAAGCUGAGCCUGGAGGGGGCCUCCCCCAGCUGCCCUCAGCAAUGUGAAUGGGUCCGGUGCUUGGAGCUGAGGGGCAGGGCUGGGCAUGUCCUGUCUGUGUGCAGAAUCCUAUCAAAUGCCCCAAAUCCCAGGGGUAGGCAGGCACAGUGAGCUGUCUGCUGAGGUAGGCGUCCAGAACUGCCGCUGCCUUCCCUGCCCCUCACAGGGGCAGCCCUUUCCCCUCAGUCCCCAUGGGCCUCCUCAGCAGCAGGAGCUGUCCUUUUGUUGUUGGGUGCCAGGAAAGGGCCUCCAGCCUCUACAGCUUCAAAGACUGGGCCAGGGGAGGGAGGAAGAGGGAGUUGUGUAUCAAAAUGACUCCCCCUACCUUUUCUCCCUGAUCCAGGGCUGGUGAGGAGUGGGGCCCCAAGGUGAGAGGGAACGGUGCUGCUUUAUUUGAAAUGUUUUCUUACCUCAUUCCCUGCCCCAGGAAGGGGCUCAGCCUCACCCUCCUGGGGUGGCCCCAUGUUCCUCCUGCCUACCCUGCCCCAUUGGCCUUCCAGGGCAGCCCAUGUUCCCAACUGCUGCUUGCUACCCCCUCUUCCACCUUGACCAGCUUCAGUUCCUCUCGAUGCUCCUGCCUCCAAAGCCUGCCCUGUUUCCCCUUCCUUAGCCGCUUUUAAGUUAUUUAUUCUGUACUUGUGGUUUGGGGCUCUGAGGAAAAUCCUGAUCUUUACCUCUUCCCCUUUGCUAGGAGUGGGGUGGGAAGAGGGUAGUCUCUGUGCUCUGGGGUAUCAGUAGAGGGGAAGGGAUAUCAUGUCUAGGCAUUGCCCUUCUGUGGACUGUCAUGCCAGUGUGCCCACCUGCCUGGUCUACAUCCUAAAGAGAUGUGCAAUCCCACCUCCAUGCGGGCACCAUCACUCCCAGGAGCUGAGUUGGAGGAAUGCAGACUGGGCUGGGAGCAGAGCUGACUGACACAGGUGGAGUUGACCCUAAGCCAAGUUCUCUGGCAUUUGCUGGAUGUGUCCCCUGCCCUCCUCCCAGGAGGAGUUAUCCCACAUUGGGUAGUAGUACCCAGGACUUGUUGGACUGAUUUGGGUUAGGGAUCCUAGAGGGUUAAGGGAGCAACAUAGAUGGGGUUGUAGUACCCUGUCUGGAACCCCAACCUCCCCCUGGGAUGGUUCUACUUGUGGCUGAUGCCUGGUUGCAAAUUUGUUUUUAACCCAAGAAUUGUGAUUAUUUUUCAAGAAGCCAAACAAAUUUUGUCAGGAGUUAGAAUAAAUUAUGGGGCCUGGGCUCCUCUGUUCUUGACACCCUACCCCACACCCCAUUUCCCGCCCCCAGUCUUCUCCCUCUGAGGGGAAGCCAGAGGUAAAGGAGGAUCUCAGCCAGCCUCCAGCCUGCUUCCAAAUGAUGGCCUGGAAGUAGGUUGAAGGUGAAGGGAGGAAGGCCAGGGGCCAUUCUCCCUUCUGAGAGGCAGCUGCAGUUCAGGCCCUAAUAUACCCUUUCCCCUCUGGCCUCUCCCAUUCUCCCCUUCUGGUUGGAGGAGAGAGAAGUGGGAAGUAGUUUGGGAACGGGUUUGUCCACAUCCACUUCCCUUUUGUUCCUCAGGCCACCUCAGGGCAGAGCCCCCUGCCCAAGCUGGGUAAGAGAUGGGCUUGGUCCAACUGGGACCCUGAGAACAAAUCCCUACCCUGUCCUUCCCAGGAGAGUAUGCCCCCCUACCAUGUAGUUGAACAGGGGCUAAGAGCUCCCCAGUCCCCUCCCUCUAACAGCAGGCUGUGUGGGUUUCAAUUCCCAUCCUUCCCACCCUGGCUAGGUGUCGUCCACCCUGUAUCCUAUCAUGUGUCUGAGUGUGUGUGGGGGGUUCUGUACUAAUUUCCAUGGCCGGUGGCUUUUCCUUCCAUGCAUCACUCCCCCCCGCAUGCCCAGGGGCCACCCGCCUGGCAUUACCGCAUGCUGGGGUCAUUGGGGGAGGGGGGUGGGGGCUCACGCUGUCCUGUGGUCUUGAGAUUUUUAUUUUUGCAUAUGUAAUCCAUCUUGUACAGGUAGCUAACUUUGUAAACGCUGUGUAUUUCCCCUGCCCCUCAUGGCUGCUGGUGUAAAUAAACUGCAUCUCCCGUUGGUA